CUUUUCUUGACGGUCACCUCUUCGCUCAAACUUCACCUGACUUCUGGCCACGGUCGUACCCGAUUCUACUUGCCUUGCACCCGUCCUGUAGGGGUGUUGAAGGGACCUUUUCAGGCAAGGGCGUUAUUCGGAAGGAGCGUCCAACAAAGGCCGAGUCCGAGCCACCCCAACGAGGCCGCCGACGUCGCCGCCAUGGCUGGCGAGGAUCGAUAUCGCACACAUGCGCUGGGGCUCGAGACCAUGCCACCCGAGAUCAUUGCGCUGAUCCUGGACCACUUGCUACCGCAGCCGCCAGAGAUUGGCGAGACGCGCCCUGUCGCCUACAAGCAGCUAAUGGUUGAUGAGCCCUGGUUCGACUUCACGCGAUGUCGGCGCGGUCUUCACAGCCUGUGCCGCGUCUCUCGCCGCCUCUCCGAGACGGCGAGGCCAUUACUCUACCGCCGCGUAGCGAUAUGGGACGAGAAGGCACUGCUCCUGUUUUUCCGCACCCUUUGCCGCAAGCCUGACUACGGCCUCUGGACGCGCUAUCUAUCCUGCCACAUUACCCUGUCAGACCUCGCUGUCAUCCGGGAAAUCCGCGAACUUCUUCCAAGUUACCUCGAUACUUUCGAGGUGGCCCAGGGGGACGGCGUGCUUAUCCACGCUGUUCACCACUUCCUUCUCAUGCUACGGUGUCAUCUCCCACAGAUGGUCCUGAGCGAGGGCGAUUUUGACGCUGUACCACAAGGACUGGUUUGCUUCAUUCUGAUGUUUCUGAUCAAGGUUGAGACCGUCCUGUUGCAGGUGCCCGUCAGCGAUGACCAACCUGAAUAUGACGCGUUAUGCUUCCAGAUCGAAGGAGUCAUGAACCUCUUCCGUGAUGAACCUCAAGCCACCCCCUUCCAAAACAUUCACACUUUACUCCUGCAGGGCGACCCAGAACUGCUUGCGCAAAUUGAGGAUGAGGACUGCGAGUGCGAGAUCCCCGAGGUCUGGGGGGCCCAGCCGCGGCGAUACGCCUCGCUCUUCGCCAGCUUCCCCAAGCUCACCACGCUCGAAGUCAGCAGCGAUGACGGUGUCUGGACCACCGAGCUCGACGAGCCACCCCUCUUCAUGCUCAACCCGAACAACGCCAGCGACCCCCCGCCACCAUUCCUGCAAGGAAUUCGCCACAUCUACCUCCACAACAGCGUCGCCUACCCGGGCGACCUGCACCACCUCCUGCUGAACGCGCCGCAGCUCGAGACACUCUACAUGGCCCCCCGUGGCGAGUUCCCGCACGAAGCCAUCGACGACAGUAACAGCCACAAUGCGCACCCCGAAGCCCUCGACAUCGCUCUCGCCAACCACGCCAAGCACCUGCGCAACCUCGACGUCAGCUGGGAGGACAUCACGGGCUUUGAGAGCCUCGUCGGUCCCGAAGGGCGACUCACUUCGCUCGCGCAAAUGACCUCUCUGCGCACCCUCUGCGUGCAAAUGGCCCUGCUGUACGGAAAACCCUCGGCCGUGCUCGAGACGCCACUCGUCGACCUCCUCCCGCCCAACCUCGUCGAGCUGGCGCUCGAGGACUGGUGGUGGUCCAACGUGGAGCUGGUCGACGAGAUGCCGGAGUGGGACGCCGCGCGCAAGGUCCGCCACUACCAGGCGCAGCACCACUACCGCGUCAGCGCGCUGCGCACGCUCAUGCAGUUUGCGCGCGACGUGCGCAUGCGGCUGCAGAAGCUGCAGAAGGUGGUGCUGCUGUGCAAGAUCCCGUGGACGUGGGUGCUCGAGGGCGCGGUGCCACUCGAGUUUCACUUUGAGAAUGUCAAAAGUCUGUUUCUGGCGCAGGGGGUGCAGUUUUCGGUCAAGUCGGAUGAGGUGUAGGCCCGCGCGGAGGGAUGUGGGUGAAUAAACUCGUCAUGUCGUACACGUAAGGUGUUGAAGCGCGCUGUAACUGCUCCUUUCCACAAGAUCUCCAUUGUUAUGUAUUUGUGAUAGAACAUGAUACCGAGUACAUCAGUUGCGUCGUUUAGUUUAGUACUGCCGAACGAAUCCGAAG